AUGGGUACUAUAAAAAAUACAUUACAAUUGAAAAACGGAGCUUUAAUAUCAUCAAGAAAAUCAAAAAGUUUCUUAGAAGGUAAUGAUGGAAGCUGCAUGAGAGAUAGUAUUUACACAUUAUCUACCUUUUAAUAAAGUUCAACGGGAAAUUCAAUUAUAUUCGAUUUAUUAUAGAAAUAUAAAUUAAACACAUUAAAAAUAUUGUUUUGUAAUGGAGAUAAUAGAUAAUAUAAAAUAGGAAUUUAUAUAAAAUUUGAUAAUAAAGAAACCCUGAUUUAUGACUGUUAUGCAAAAAGUAUUUUAAAAAUAACAUUUCCUGAUCAAUAAGUAUCAGGAUUUAGGAUACUAAAUGUAGCUGGUAAUACUUACAAUAUUCAUCUAAAUUUUAUAAAGAUAGAAGCUUUUUAUUAAUUAUAAAUGAAUAAAUUACAAUGA